AUGUUUAAAAAAAUAAACACAUUUCCAUUAAUUGGGAAAAUUUAUAAGAAUCAUAGUAAGGGUAAAUUUUCAUCUCUACGAUUACCGAAUAUUAGUUUGGACAUUAAUAGAAUUUUGGGUUUUAAAAAUGCUAUAAAUACUAUAUACGAAAAUGUAAAUAACUCGUUUAAUAAUGAAACAUGUUUUUUAGCCUUCAAUAAUUGCACAAUUUAUAAUAAAAAGGCUACAAACUGCAACAUAAGAAGUAGGAGUAAUAUGGAAAAUGGGAACAGCAGCAAAAUUUACAGGUACAGAAUAAUUAGCCCUGCUAAUUGGAGCACAUGUAACAGUGCUGUAACACAUAAUGGAAAUAUCGCUACCAAUUCGGUAAACAAUAAAAGUAAAAAAAUUUUGUUAUUUAGCUGGUUAAAAACUAUUAGGAAGAAGCAGUAUUAUAAUAUUAUAGGAAAAAUUGGUAUUAAAAAAAGGAACGCGGGUAUGUAUUGGAGUUUUUAUGUCAACAAAAGAAAAAAAAUUAGAAAGAAUAGAAAAACGAUUUAA